AUGGCUCACAGGGCCUUCAUCCAGGUUAUCAUAACGGGAGCCAGCGUUUUUGGUAAAGCAUUUGCGGAAGCUUACAGACAAGCUGCUGCCCAAUCUGUUAAACAGGGUGCCAGUGCAGCAAGAGGCAGAGCUGCAUCAGCUGAAUAUGGUGGUAUAACUCUUGACGAGAGCUCCAAAAUUCUGAACAUAGAAGGAGAACAAGACAUGAACAUAGACAAGAUUAACCAACGAUUCAAAUACCUAUUCGAAAUUAAUGACAAGGCCAAAGGUGGUAGUUUUUAUUUGCAAAGUAAGAUCUACAGAGCAUCGGAACGACUAAAAUGGGAACUGGCCGAAAAGGAAAAGCUCAAUAACAAAGGGCCAGCAUCAGCAUCACCGACAAGUCAACAGCCGAAACAAUAA